CCAGUGCGCAGACCCAGCGCGCCCGCGCACACCUCCCAGACCCGGAAGCAGCUCCAGGCUAGUAUGGCGGCAGCAGCUGAGGGCGUCCUGGCCUCGCGACAGGAGGAGUCGGCCCGAGACGAUGCCGCCGUUGAAACAGCCGAGGAAGCAAAGGAGCCCGCCGAGGCUGACAUCACUGAGCUCUGCCGGGACAUGUUCUCCAAAAUGGCCACGUACCUGACUGGGGAACUGACGGCCACCAGUGAAGACUAUAAGCUCCUGGAAAACAUGAAUAAAUUAACCAGCUUGAAGUAUCUUGAAAUGAAAGACAUUGCUAUAAACAUUAGUAGAAACUUAAAGGAUUUAAACCAGAAGUAUGCUGGACUUCAGCCUUACCUGGAUCAGAUUAAUGUAAUUGAAGAGCAAGUAGCAGCUCUUGAACAGGCAGCCUACAAGCUGGAUGCAUAUUCAAAAAAACUGGAAGCCAAGUAUAAGAAGCUGGAGAAGCGGUGAAAAACUAUUCCUAUAGCAUAAAGCCUUUUUUAAUGCGGAAGAAUGUUUUAUAGCAUCUGAAUCCUGAGGCUGAUGAAAUGUCAAAGUCCUCAAAAGGAAACCUUGCUGGUCAUCCCAGGAAUAUCCCAAUGUUGAAAAACCUGAGGACUUGGGUACUCUUGGACCUUCUUUGAGGCAACAUCUGGCAGAAAUUCACACAACUCCUUGUUACUUGAAUCCUUCCUCAUCUAUUCAAGACAGAGGUCUCUCAAAGUUCAGGAUUAAACCUGGGCUUAUCAGUAGAAUUGAAUGAGAGCACCUGUUUUCUCUGGCAGUGGUUGAUAAUUGUUUUCUUAAGUGGCUGGUUUUUGAGUUACUGUGUAAAUGUUUUUUUUUUUUUAAUUAAAAAUGCUCAUGUUAUUAACAAGAUUCUAAAUUAAAAAGGAAAGCAAAAUAGA